AUGGGCCUCUUGCUGCAGCUGCAGCUGGUGGCACAACGCCUUCGCAUGAAAUGGGGAGUGCUGGCAGUACAUCUCCUCGUGGCGACAGGAGUGAUGUUGUUGAAUUCCAAAAGGGGCGAAAUGUCUCAGCUUCCACCGUCGGUUGCUGGAGUUGCGGGUGGCCCCAAUGACCCGCCGGCGACUUGUGCCUCUGGACUGCCUUCCGCUGCCGCUGCUGCCGCUGUUUGCCCACACGCCGUAACUGAUGUUCCUCCUCCCCCCAGCGGAGCACAGACCCCGACACCUUCUGGUCGUGUUGCGCAGCAGAGUUCCAGCGCCCCUGCCUUUUCCCACUUGGGCGGCGACGGUGGCGGUGCUCGCGGCGGGGUCCCUGGCGCGGCCCCUGCGGACCGCGUGACGCCGACACCGCGGCUUUCAGUCGACGGGCGGUCGUUGGGUGAAAGGGCGGCGAGCAGCCCGAAUGUGGCUGGGAGGGACGUGAUACGCAGCAGAGACCCGGCCUCCCCUGCCGGCGGCACCGCGAACGCAGACCGACGCAGUGCGGGAGGGCAGAGUGUAACUGCCGCCGCUGGCACCAACUCGGGUGCGGCGAGCGCAGACAACCCCGAGACGGCGGCCCCCCACAGAACACACUCCGGCAAGAAGGACAGCAGCGACGCCGCCGCUGCGUGGGUGCGUGCCCGGGCCUUGCUGCUGCCGCUGCUGCUGCUCACUGUUGCCCUUGCCUGUGCUGCUGGGCAAUGCUGA